AUGGCGACUGCAAGCAAGUACAAGUACACGGAUAUCAUCUUCGAGAUCAAGGGCAAGAUAGGCAUCAUCAAGUUCAACCGGCCCAAAUCCCUCAAUGCGUUCGGCGGCAGCCUCCUCGGGGACACGGUGUCAGCGCUCCGCGAGCUCAAUGAACAUCCCGACACCGUCUUUACCGUCCUCACCGGCGAGGGCAGGUUCUUCUCGUCGGGCGCCGACGUGAAAGCGGCCGCUGGUAGACAAACCGUCGAAUACGCGAACCCUGCGGCGAAGAAGAUCGACUUUAUGGCGAGUAUCAGCACCGCUAUCGAGCUCCUCCGCUCUAUGAUUGACCACAAGAAAGUCCUCGUGCUGGCACUCAACGGCCCCGCUGUCGGCGGUGGGGCAGCGUGGUUCGAAGGCAUCGCGGACAUCGUCCUGGCCGCUGACACGGCAUAUCUCCAAGUGCCCUUCAGCGCGUUGGGCCUCGUUCCCGAAUUCGGCUCCGCGACCGCCUUCUACCACUCCAUAGGUGCCCACCGCGCCAAUGAUUUCCUCAUGUUCGGCCGCAAGUUGACCGCCCAGGAGCUCGAGCAGUGGGGGAUGGUCAACCGCAUCUUGCCCACCCAGGGCUUCCACCAGAAGGUCGUCGACUUCUUGGAGGACCAGCUCAACAUCAAUGACGGCAAGUCGAUGAUGGAGACAAAGCGCCUUCAGAACCUCCCGCUGAGGAGGGAGAGGAUGCUUGCGGUGUAUGAUGCCGCAGAGGCCCUGGCAGAGAGAUUCGUCGAGGACGCCCCGAAGCAGAGAUUUGCCGAGAAGAACAAGCUGUUGCUUGGUAAGUCGAGGGGCGGUGCUUUGUAG